AUGUCAUCUGAGCCUCCUGCGCCACCACAGCCCCCCACCCACCAGGCUUCGGUCGGGCUGCUGGACACCCAACGGGGCCGCAACCGCUCACCAUCCCCGCUCCGGAGCAACGUGGUGCCCAGCCCGCUGCCCACCCGCCGCACCAGGACCUUCUCCGCGACGGUGAGGGCCUCUCAGGGCCCCAUCUACAAAGGCGUGUGCAAAUGCUUCUGUCGCUCCAAGGGCCACGGCUUCAUCACCCCGGCUGACGGCGGCCCCGACAUCUUCCUGCACAUCUCCGACGUGGAAGGGGAGUACGUGCCGGUGGAAGGCGACGAGGUCACCUACAAGAUGUGCUCCAUCCCGCCCAAGCACGAGAAGCUGCAGGCCGUGGAGGUGGUCAUCACCCACCUGGCACCGGGCACCAAGCACGAGACCUGGUCCGGCCACGUCGUCAGCUCCUAG